GCUAUUCGUGGUUUUGUGUUGUCGAUGGCUAGAGCUAAACACAAUGUAACUAGAAUUCUCUUCACAUUGGGCACAUAUACAUAUAGAAGACGAUUGAUCGUAAACUGAAACUUUAAUUCAAGUUUAAUUGUUGUAAUGAAAGUGCGCAUUUAUUUUAUAAAGACAUCAUUGUCUGAAGAAAGGACCAACACCAUCUGUUAAAUAGUAAAGGAUCGAUCAACAAGGCAAUCAUGGAUUCAAAUGGAAAUGCCAAUGGAGGGAAGAGAGGAUUGGACAAACUUAGAGAAAUAAUGCUUCGGAACAAAGAAGAAUCAGAGUGUGGCGAUGACUUCCCAGAGCUGGAGUUUGAAUAUGCAGAUACUGAGUCCCACAUGAAUGAAAUAGCUGAACUCUACAGCUACACAGAAGUUCCAGAGUUCCAGGUCAAUCUCAGGUGUUUCGAUGAGCUGAUGUCGGAGCACGGCUUCGGCCGGUGCUGGCAGAGUAUGCGCGAUGAGCGGCGCCGCGCCGUCGUGCUCAAACUCAUGGACCGGCUCGACCUCUCCAAACGGGACGCGCGCAUGAAAGCGAUGCGCGCGCUGCUGUACGUGGCGCAGGGCUGCUGGGCGGAGGUGCAGUCGGACCAGGAGCAGGCCAGCUGGGCCCGAACCAACGUCAUCCUGCUGUACCGCUGCGGUGUCUUCUCGGCCUUCCUCGAGCUGCUCUACCUCGAGAUCGAGAACGGCAGCACGGCGAGCGCUGCGCUGCGGAAGCUGGCCGUCUCACUGGCCGACUCCACGGAGCUGCGCGUGGUGCUCAGCCUGCUGUACACCAUGGUGGAGGUGAUGAGGGUGGACGACGAGUGCGACCCGGACGACGUGCGGCAGCUGCGGGAGCAGUUCCGCAGCGAGCUCAUGUGUCCACAGGAUAACGGGGAGCUGGUGGCCGUCACCCUGCUGGGCAUGGUGGCGCGCUUCUGCAGCGGCGCCGCGCCCCACUUCCCCAUGAAGAAGGUGCUGCUGCUAGUGUGGAAGGUGCUGCUGGUGACGCUGGGCGGCUCGGCAGAGCUGCGCCGGCUCAAGGCCGAGGGCCGCGCGCGCGCCGGUCUGCCUCCGGAGCCGGAGGACACAGCCGAGCGGACGCGGCACAUGCGCUGCAGCAGCCCGCCACUGGGCUCCGUGGACGCCAACGAUGGACAGCCGCGCGGACAGGCCAUGCGACUCAUGAGAAGGGGUCUGAUGAAGCAGCCCUCGCUGGACGAGGACGCUGAGCAGGAGCUGGAGACGGGGAACGGCGCCGGAAAGGCCGAGGGCGAGCGGGCUGACUCGCCGCGACCCGACUCGCCGCGCGCCGAGACGCCCGCGCCGCCGCCCAACAAAGGACUGCCGUGGACGCCCAAGGUGCGCUCCCGUGACGUGCUGGCCUUCCUGGACACCUCGCGCCGCAAGUUUGUCGGCUACGAUCUGGAGAACGACCUGACCUCCACGGCCGGCCUGCCAUCGCCCAUCAAAGAGGGCGCCCGCGUGCUGGAACGGCACGUGUACAAGUCGCUGUCGGAGGUUCAGAUCGAGCGGGAGGAGGAGAUUGAGCGCAGUCCGUUCAGCCGGCCGGAGGUCGACGUGGAACAGACGCCCGUCGAGAUGCUCUACGCCGGCAUGCUGCCGAACCUGCCGCAGUACAUGAUCGCCCUGCUGAAGGUACUGCUGGCCGCCGCGCCCACCUCCAAGACCAAGACGGACUCCAUCAACAUCCUGGCCGACGCGCUGCCAGAGGAGAUGCCGAUGACUGUGCUGAAGUCGAUGCGACUCGGCAUCGACCUGAACCGUCAGAAGGAGAUCAUCGGCAAGGCGGUGUCGGCCGUGCUGCUGCUGCUGCUGAAGCACCUGAAGGUGAACCACGUCUACCAGUUCGAGUUCGUCAGCCAGCACCUGGUGUUCGCUAACUGCAUACCGCUGGUGCUGAAAUUCUUCAACCAGGACAUCAUGGCCUACAUCACGUCCAAAAACACUAUCGCGGUGAUCGACUUUCCGUCGUGCGUGAUUGGCGACCAGUCGGAGGUGACGGGCGACACGCUGGAGAUCGGCGACCAGCCCUUCUGCUGGAGGAACGUGUUCGCCUCCAUCAACCUGCUGCGCAUGCUCAACAAACUCUGCAAGUGGAAACACUCGCGCAUCAUGAUGCUGGUGGUGUUCAAGUCGGCGCCGAUCCUGAAGCGGGCGCUGAAGGUGAAGCAGGCCAUGAUGCAGGUCUACACCCUGAAGCUGCUCAAGAUGCAGACCAAAUACCUGGGACGGCAGUGGCGCAAGUCCAACAUGAAAACCAUCUCGGCCAUUUACCAGAAGGUCCGGCACCGCCUCAACGACGACUGGGCAUUCGGAAACGACGUGGACGCUCGGCCGUGGGAUUUCCGCGCCGAGGAGUGUCAGCUGCGCAUGCGCGUGGACCGGUUUAACGAGCGGCGCUACGGCGAGCCCGAGUGGCUGUCCGACCCCGAGUACCGGCCGGUGGACAGCGAGCUCAGCUCCGUGCUCGGACGGCCCGUCGAGCUGACGGAGGAGUUCCGGCGCGACUACCGGCGCUGGCUGCACCGCGAGGUGUUCCAGGCGCAGAUCGACUGGGACCAGCUGGUCGAGAAGGGAUACCUGUAGAGAGGGGCGACUGGCCGAGAGGGAUACCUGUAGAGAGGGACGGCUGGGUAUGGCUGGUCGAGAGGAUAUACCUCUAGGGAGGGACGACUGGGGACGGCUGGUCGAGAAGGGAUACCUGUAGAGAGUAUCGGAUGGUCGGAAAGGGAUAUCUGUAGGACCAGAUGGCCAACGACGGACUAUCUGAAUGAAUGUGUUGUUGAAAGACUGCUCAGCCCCCGACGGAAUGGCGGACACCGGAAAGGGUCUAGCAAAACUGUUGUAUCUAUGAUUUUAAAUACGUAGGGUAGUUGCAGAUGUUAUUCCAUAGAUCACGAAUUGACGAAUCUCAGUGGCUGUCGGUCCUUGUGUGGCAGGUUGUUGACAAACCUGUGUCGUGGCCGGAUAUUGUAGCGAGGAGGCUCGUUUCAGUGUGUGCUCGCCACGCUGGUACUUUGUUAGUACUGAGCGGUCUCCACUGCGCGGGCGGUCGAGCAGUGUUGGAGGAAGCCCGACUGCUCGGAACUGUCUGAUGAUGUGACGGGAGAAACUGUGGAUCUAAGAGGAGGCUGCAAUUAACUCAUGACUGUAUCUGGCACAGUGGUGACCCCCUAUUCCUGGACGGGUAGAGUACAGUAUAUGUAUGUAUAGGAGAUCCGGAAUGUGUGUGUAUGUACCCGAGAUGACAGUGUACAGAUUUAUAUUGUACUGGCUUAUUUUACGAUGUAGUAUUGACGUGCUGGCAGUUGCCGCAUUAGGAGCGUCUGGGCGUGCCGCUGGGACCCUAUGUAGUGCCCUGAACCUUUAUCUGUAAAGACUACGGACGCCGUUAAUGUCGUGUGUCCGUUAGUGUUCGUAGGAUCUUGUAGUAAAUGUGUAUUGUGUACGGAGGUUAGUCUGUCAUAUGACUGAAUGUGCCACAUUCCGUUAUCCCGUGUCGAAAGAUGGGCCCUCUCGAUGUACGGGACGGUCACUCAGCGGGCGCCCUGACUGCGCUCUGUACCUAUUGUAGUACGCCUUUGGUAGCUGUAUAACUCGACUGCGGUAUCCUAGCAGCCACCAGAGCGGAUGGCAGCCGUUCUUCCCAGGGGUGGCUGCGUUAGUAGGCAGCUGGUAGUCGUCUAUUUACCUAUCGAUCUGUUCUCCACCUGUUGAUCUCUGGUAGUAUCUCUGUACUAGCGGCGCGCUCCGAGCCGAUCGGUCCGUUUUGUUGGCCGCCAGUCUUUUUGUGAAUACACUGCCCUCUGCGCCAGCCGAC